AUGGGUGUUUGUUGUUCUUCGACCAAUGGCAAGAAAAAGACAGUGUGGAAGAAAGAAUAUGGUACGGAUUUAAAGAUAAAGAAGGGUAGUUCUAGUGAUUUUUCUACAUUUAUCAGCAAACUAGGUGGCGGCGCCGUGGCAGCGGCGGAGAAGGGGGCACUGCAUAAAGUUCCCGGCAGGCUUUUUGCAAAUGGGGCGAGCCGGAUCGCUAGUUUGUACACUCAGCAAGGCAAGAAAGGUACAAAUCAAGACGCCAUGAUUGUUUGGGAGAAUUUCUGUACGAGAAGCGGUAUGAGUACGACAUUUUGUGGAGUUUUCGAUGGUCAUGGUCGUUAUGGUCAUAUGGUCGCAAGGAAAGUUCGGGAUGCUCUUCCGCUUUUGCUGCGCGCAGAGUGGGAAGCUAUGCACGAUAGCAAUCAAACUUCUGAUCAAGAGAAUGGCAAUGCCCUGGAAAUGACUCAUUUUGAUGAGAUUAAGGAUGAAGACAGGGACGAGUUAUUGGAUGAUGAGGAAAAUGAAAAACUUCCGGAGAUGCAUAUGCCAAUCAAGAGAUCACUUUUAAAGGCUUUCCAAAUAAUGGAUAAGGAAUUGAAGUUGCAUCGUACCCUUGAUUGUUUCUGUAGUGGUACAACUGCUGUCACUUUGAUAAUGCAGGAUCAGGAUCUCAUAAUUGGAAAUGUUGGUGAUUCAAGAGCAGUAUUAGCAACGAGAGACAAGGAUAACGUGUUGAUGGCUGUACAGUUGACCGUGGACUUAAAACCUAAUCUUCCAAGAGAAGCUGCUAGGAUCCAGAAAUGUAAAGGAAGGGUUUUUGCAUUGCAAGAUGAGCCGGAGGUUGCACGUGUAUGGUUGCCUAACAAUGAUUCUCCUGGUUUAGCAAUGGCCAGAGCCUUUGGGGACUUCUGUUUGAAAGACUUUGGUUUAAUUUCUAUGCCAGAUGUUUAUUAUCACCGUAUUACUGAAAGAGAUGAGUUUGUUGUUCUCGCCACUGACGGGGUAUGGGAUGUCCUCUCCAAUAAGGAAGCUGUGGACAUUGUGGCAUCGGCUCGUGGUCGUGGAACAGCUGCUCGAGCUCUUGUUAACUGUGCUACGAGAGCAUGGAGGCUCAAGUACCCAACAUCAAAGAUGGAUGACUGUGCUGUUGUAUGUCUUUUCCUUGAACACACGUCACCAACUGAUUCUGUUAAUGCGCCAAACAUUGCAACGAAAUCCCCUGGACAGGAAUCGAGUAAAGUCCUUGCAGAAGAGGAACCCAAUAUCUCAAAUAUUGAUGAGGCUUUUCAAGAUGCUCUUGUUGUACCUUCUAGAGAGAUAGUGCCUGUUGUCGAGGAAGUCGAGGAGAAGCUACCAGAGAGAUCUCUUGGUCAAUCUGAGAGGAGUUUAGCUGAAUUCCUUUCAACCGCAGAGGACGAGGAAUGGUCGGCCCUUGAAGGUAUUACCCGAGUUAAUAGUCUGCUAAGCAUUCCAAGGCUCUUGUCCUUGGACAAAAGAUCAGCGAGUUGGAGAAAGUGGUUAUGA